AUGUCACCCUCUGGAGAGUUUGAUGGCAGCAGCAGAAUCCAAGACGGGCCCCAAGGGUCUGUCGCCAUCACGAAUGACACAAUAACUAUCUGGACCAGGAGGUUCAUGACGAAUAGGCUACUUCAACGGAAACAAAUGGUCAUCGAUGUCCUUCAUCCUGGAACGGCAACAGUACCUGAGACAGAAAUUAGGGAAAAGCUAGCCGAAAUGUACAAGACCACACCAGAUAUCAUCUCUGUAUCUGGAUUCCGAACCCGUUUCGCUGGUGGCGAGAUAACUGGCUUUGGCAUAAUUUAUGAUUCCUUGGAUCACGCAAAGAACAGUGAAUCCAGACACAGACGUGUAGGACACGGCCUGUAUGAGAAGAAACAGACCUCGAGAAAACAGCGAAAGAAAUGCAAGAACACAGCGAAGAAAGUUGGAGGGGCUGCGAAGGCCAACGUCGGUGCCGGCAAGAAGCGAGGGUCUUCCCCAGGAAGCUCGGACCAACCCACUGGCAAACGUUCUUUUAGCCACCACUUCAUCAGACCUGCCGUGGAAGACAUCACCACCGUCCUCCACUUCCUGACCCCGGUGGUCACCCAUGUGCCCUCAUCCUUCUAG